GGAUCGGAGCGUAUCUGAUAAAUCCAACGGUCCAAAUCUCACGACGCUCCUCCAUCAAUGGAGUAACGUCUCCUCUCCCAACGGUCAAAUAAUCCUCAAGAAAUACUCCCUCCCUCCUUCCUCAUCAUUCACAAUCCCUAGUUUCUCUCUCCGCACAAAGAGAUUGAUUUUCCCCAUCAAAGAUGACUUCAACUGAGCACACAGAGAAGCUCAACGCUCCAGAACUUCAGAUCUGGAAUAACGCAGCCUUCGACGACAACGAAGACUCCAAUCUCCCUUCCGCCAUGGCGGAAGCUCCCUGGUCUAACCUCAACGCAUCGUUCGAUUCCGACUGCAGCAAGGAGAAUCAGAUCCCGCUCUCUGUGUCCUCUUCUCUCAAAUCCUCAGUCUCGUUCACCACCGUCGACGAUCCGAUCCGCUCCGGUAAAGCUAAAGAAAAGCCACACAAGACCGCGAAGGCGGCGAAACACGGCGGCGAUAUCGAUGCGGAGAUCGAAGAAGUGGAGAAGGAGAUCGGGAGAUUAUCGACGAGGUUGGAAUCGCUCCGGUUAGAGAAGGCGGAGCAGAUCGCGAGAAGCGUCGCUGUACGAGGAAGAAUCGUUCCGGCGAAGUUCAUGGAAACGCAUAAACAGACGGUGAAGUUCGAGACGGGAUCGAAAUCGAGAGCCACCAAUCCACGUAGAGGCGUUAGCUUGUGUCCAGGGGAGAUAUACUCAGCUGCGAAGAAGUCUUCGGAGACGGUGACUCCUCUUCAAUCGGCGGCUCAGAACCGGCGCAAGUCUUGUUUCUUCAAGCUUCCUGGGAUCGAGGAAGGGAAGGUAGUGACGAAAAGUAGAGGACGAAGUCUGAGUCCGAGAUCUCGCAAAGCUAAGAUGACGGCUCAGAAGCAAGCAGCGACGACUGGUGGGGCGAAGAGAGCGGUGAAGAAAGAGGAGAGUGUUUUAGCAUCGAUCCAGCCUAAGAAGCUGUUCAAAGAAGAGGAAAAGAGGAAGCCUUUGAAGCCAGGGAGAGUGGUGGCCAGCAGGUACAGUCUGGUAAACAAGACGGGGGAGAAAGAUGCGAGGAAACGUUCGUUGCCUGAGAAUAACGAGGAGAAGGAGAAUCAGAGGUCGGAGAAGAGAAGAGCUUCUGAUGAGAAUAGAAAGAGUGAAGGGAGAGUUAAGAAGAGAUGGGAGAUUCCAAGCGAAGUUGAGGUGUAUUGCAGUGGUGUGAGUGAUGAGAGUCCUAUGGGUAAAGAGUUGCCUAAGAUCAGAACGCUUCGCGGUCGUGUUGGAGAGAGUCCUCGUGAUUCAGGUGCUGCUAAAAGAGUUUCCGAGUUGGAAAGCAAGAAUCUUGAUUUCACGUUUUGCCAGCUUCUGAGGUUUGAAGAAUGAAUGAUGGAUUAGUCAUUUUGAGUUGAAAAAUCCACAACUCUUGUUGUGGGUGAUGUGACUGUGAAUUUGGGUUGUUGCUUAAUGUCUAAAAUACACAUAUUAAUGAUUGUGAGUUUUGUUGUCUAUCCUCUUGUAAUAUCAGCUCCAUGAAUAAUGAAAUGAUUCUCAUAAAA